UCCCAUUUAAGAAUGUCUCGAGAAACUGAUAUCGAUCAAGCUACCCCAACCGAACCACCGGUAACUCAUGAGAAAGGCAUCCAGAUGAAUUGUAGAUCAAGUCUUGGUUCACCUAUUCCUUCCAAUCUAUCUAUCUCCAUACGUUCAGCAUCUCAACAAGCCCUCGAUAGACUUCAACGGAAUCUCGCAUCAGCAAACCAGCUUCGAAAGAUUGGUUUGCCCAAGAGACGUACCUCCUUCAUUGGGAAUGCUACUCCUGAACAUUCUCCCCAGCAGAUCUUACAGAUUGCGAUCAAAAAAUGGAUAUUCGUGUUCUUCUCUGUGCAGGGGGUCAUCGGCAGUGGUUCAUUGGCGUUUGCACUUUUGAGAAAGAAUCGUGCCGCAAAAAGAGGUGAAAAAAGACCGCUGUUACAGGUGAUCACGUCUGAAUUCAUGAAAGCUACCACGCUUCGAUUGGCCACCUUUCUAGCAUUGUAUUCGGCUAUAUGGACUUUAACUUAUACUUCACUUCUGAAACUCUCUCGAAAGCCGCGCCCAGAGGCUCGAACACCAGGAAUCGAUGAAUCUAAAACUAUCUUCAGAAAGGACAAUCCUACAGCCCAUAAAUUGAUGGAGUUCUUAUCCACGUGGGCUGCCUCCAUUGCUGGAGGUGUGUCUGGGCUAGCACUUCUGGCUCAGACAAAGGAAGAACGUAUCAACCUGGCUCCCAAUGUGCUGUGCCGAGGACUUUACACGCUAGCAAAACAUCGACCAUUGAUAAAAAACUUUGCCUAUGGUGAUUUGCUUCUCUUUGCGAUUUCAAAUGCACAGAUCAUGUCUGCCUUCGUGAUGGAGCCAGAGACGCUACCAGCAUGGUAUUGGCAUUGGAUUCGACGUGUGGGAAGACUCGACGCCCAAUUCCUUUAUCUUCAUGGACAUCUUAAUCGUGGAUCACUAAAGGAUAUGACCAUGAUCAAACAAGUCCUCGAAAGAAGUUCCCCACGCAGCUUGGGAAAUGAGCGUCGACUUGAAGCUUGGCUCAGUCUGCCUUCUCCCUAUAAAGAGCCUUUUGCACCUUGUCAUCUCAACCAUCCACUGUACGAUAAUUGCUUCCAGAGCAACUUGAUCCGAGCUGGGAUUGCCUUCAAAUCAAUGCUACCCACCUAUGCUAUCCUCCACCUUAUACCAGCGCUUCUGUUUAGAAGCAAAGUAGUCAUGAAAUCCUUUGUGGUUAUCAUAUUACAUUCUCUUUGUAUUCCUUCAAGAUUGUACGAAUGGAAAGGGUGGCAUAUUCGAGGUUCAACUAAUUUCGCUAUUGCCGGUUUUGCAACUUCCUUGGCUUUACUUUGGGAAGAUCCCCGUAGACGAGGUGAACUUGCCCUUUAUUGUGCUCCUAAGGCAAUCAGUUCAGCUUGGGGUGUACUCAAAUCUCAAAAUCUAGUUAAGAGUAUGCCUUUUGGCGAAUUAGCGCUCGGUAGCGCAGGUACGGCAAUGUUGAUGCAUUGUUUUGUCCAUGCACCUGAAAAGAUGCCAUCCUUGAUCAGAGGAAUCAUCUCUCAACUCGUUGACCCUCAUACUCCUGAUCGUAGCAUAUCAGUGACUGCUUUACCGCGACCGCCAACUUUGACUUCUAGUCCUUUGACUAAAGUUGAUGAUGAUGAAGGAUAUUUAACGAUUGGGAAAGGUCGUAAAUGAAUCAGUCAAACAGUUUGUGGAUCUUGUCGUAUUCUUUUCCAAGUGAUGUUUUGUUUCCUUUAAGUUUUAGGGGUGUUCCUUUUUAUAUAUCGAUUUUACAUGUAAUUUUUUUUGUUGCAAAUGUGUAUUAAAUUGUUUUUUGUAACAGCGGUUUUUUUCAAAUGGUGUUUUAUACUAGUUUCAGGAAGUAUUAUCAAUGAAAUGGGAUAAUGUAAAUAUCUCCAGAUGAUAUUUCACAUUGAAGGGUU